AUGCUGCAAACCACCUCGCUACCGCCACCGGGUCGCGUCUACAGCGUCAUGAUUGACGCUGGAUCAACUGGAACGCGUGCCCAGGUUUUUGCGUUCCGCCAUUUGCCAGGACAGAAGGGACUCAUCUUGGAUGAUAGCGAGGUUUUUAAAAUGAAAAAGAGCAUCGCCGCGCUGGGGACGGGGACGGUGGGCAGUGGUGGCGUGUUUUUCAAGCCGCUCAUGGAAAAACUGAGAAAGAAGAUCCCUGGCGUGCGGAGACGUCAGCGCACUCCCAUCGCCUUGCAUGCGACCGCAGGGCUGAGGUUGAUUGGAGAGGAGCAAGCUGAAACGGCAUUGGAGGAGGCUAGGAAGGCUUUGAAUAUCAGCGGUUUCUUGUUUCAAGAGGAUUGGGUGUCUAUACUUGAAGAGCAAGAGGAGGCGUCGCACGCCUGGACGACAGUCAAUUUCUUGAAGGGCCACUUCCAUGGGCAUAAGGGGAUCACCAAACGUCUUGGUGCGUUGGAUCUCGGCGGCGCGAGUAUGCAAAUGGUUUUUGAGCGAGAAAAUGGGGAUGAGGCCGUCGAUACAGGCGAAGAGGACGACGAUAACUUGGAAGGCCGUAACGAAGCUCCAGAAAAUGAAGAUCUUGCUGGUGACGACGCAGUUUCCAUCGAAGAAGCAGAUUAUACUGUUAGUGUGUUUGGCGACGACUAUCCUCUGCACUCAACUAGUCACCUCGGGUUGGGACUGUUUGACUUCACGAAAAAACUGUACACCUUGUUUGAUCGAGAAGGUGUGUUGGAGGAGGGCAACCCUUGCUUCAGGAAGGGCAAAGUCUUCGCUAACAAAGAGCUUCGCUUUGGGGUGCCGGGCACUGAGGAGUCGCGCACCGUGACGAUGACGGGCGAUGGAGACUUUGAACGCUGCGUGGCGAGUGCCGAGAUCACUAUUGCGACGUUUAGCAAACUUCGCAGCAAGAAAAGCGUGCUACCAAAGGGUAAACCUUUCUAUGCGUUUGCCUACUUUUAUGAUCGCACAGUUCGCCUCGGACUCCCCAUUACUCCGACAAAGGCGCAGCUGAUAGCAAAAGGAAGGGAACUUUGUGAGACUCCACCCGACGUUCGCGUAGAACGAGAUUUUGAUCAAGCAUGUGCCGAAUUUUCGUACGUCUACACUCUGCUGAAAAUUUUCACUGAUGACUUCGCAUCGAAAGAUGUGCAGAUCCGAUUUGAGCAGUAUAUCGAUGGCCAUAUGCUGGGAUGGGCGCUAGGUGCCGCACUCGACAUUGUUCAACCGGUGAUGCACAAGCAACUAGCGCUUGAGCAUGAACCAUUGAUUGCUGCUUGAUGAGUGGCUAGAGGGGUCAACGUGAUGCGGGAAUGACUUAGUAACAAAUACUGCAACAAGAGAGUGCGAGUGGGGCACUUGAAGAACAUCGGGAGGGUUGCAACACGGGGGGCCAGGGGUAAAGCGUUUCUGUUUAUAUUGUGCAA